GUUGUGUUUCUUAUGUUCCGUACCCUGAAUUUGAUCUUCUUCUUUGGAGAGUAGAGAAAACAACUAUCUCUGUGAGAAUGGAAGGUGAGGAGGCUCAACAUUUCUAUGGGUUUAGAGCUGUGGAUCUAAGGUCCGUAGGUAAAACAAGUGUGGAGUGGGAUUUGAAUGAUUGGAAAUGGGAUGGUGAUCUCUUUCUCGCUACUCAAUUGAAUCCUGCCGCCAGCGAAACUACGGGACGUCAGUUUUUCCCUUUAGGAAACUCGUCCAAUAGCUCCUCCUCCUGCUCUGAUGAAGGGAAUAAUACUAAUAUAGUUGAGAAGAAGAGGAGAGCUGUUGCCAUACAAGGAGACAGUAAUGCUGGUGGUGGUCUUACUUUGAAGCUUGGAGACAAUGCUUGUCAUCUUAAUGCUGCCAAGAAGACCAAAUUCGGAGCAGCCGUUUGUCAGGUGGAAAACUGUGAAGCUGAUCUUAGUAAAGUUAAGGAUUAUCAUAGACGUCAUAAGGUCUGUGAGAUGCAUUCCAAGGCUACUAGUGCCAUUGUCGGAGGUAUCUUGCAGCGCUUUUGUCAGCAAUGUAGUAGGUUCCAUCUUCUUCAGGAGUUUGAUGAAGGAAAGAGAAGUUGUCGUAGACGUUUGGCUGGGCAUAAUAAACGUAGGAGGAAAACAAAUCCCGAACCUGGCGCUAACGGGAAUCCUAGUGAUGAUCAGUCAAGCAACUAUCUCUUGAUUAGUCUCUUGAAGAUACUCUCCAAUAUGCAUAACCAUACCGGUGAUCAAGAUUUGAUGUCUCAUCUUCUGAAGAGCCUCGUAAGCCAUGCUGGUGAACAGUUAGGGAAAAACUUAGUUGAACUUCUUCUACAAGGAGGAUCUCAAGGUUCCUUAAAUAUUGGAAACUCGGCUUUGCUUGGAAUUGAGCAAGCUCCUCAAGAGGAUUUAAAGCAACUUUCGGUAAACGUACCUCGGCAAGAUGGGACAGCUACCGAGACCAGAUCAGAAAAACAAGUCAAAAUGAAUGAUUUUGAUUUGAAUGAUAUUUAUAUAGACUCAGAUGACACAGAUAUCGAAAGAUCUCCUCCUCCAACCAAUCCAGCAACCAGUUCUCUUGAUUAUCCUUCAUGGAUACAUCAGUCUAGUCCACCUCAGACAAGUAGGAAUUCAGAUUCAGCAUCUGAUCAGUCACCUUCAAGUUCCAGUGAAGAUGCUCAGAUGCGCACAGGCCGGAUUGUGUUCAAACUAUUUGGGAAAGAGCCAAAUGAAUUUCCUAUUGUCUUGCGUGGACAGAUUCUUGACUGGUUAUCGCAUAGUCCAACUGACAUGGAGAGCUACAUUAGGCCUGGCUGUAUCGUAUUGACCAUCUAUCUUCGUCAAGCUGAAACUGCUUGGGAAGAGCUCUUAGACGAUCUGGGUUUUAGCUUAAGGAAGCUUCUAGAUCUCUCUGAUGAUCCCUUGUGGACAACUGGAUGGAUUUAUGUUAGGGUGCAAAACCAACUUGCAUUUGUAUAUAACGGUCAGGUUGUCGUUGACACUUCCUUGCCUCUAAAAAGUCUUGAUUAUAGCCACAUCAUUAGCGUUAAACCGCUUGCUAUAGCUGCAACGGGGAAGGCUCAAUUUACAGUUAAAGGCAUUAAUCUCCGUCGACGUGGCACAAGGUUGCUUUGUGCUGUUGAAGGAAAAUACUUGAUUCAGGAAACAACACACGACUCGACGAUUGGGGAGAAUGAUGAUCUCAAGGAGAAUAAUGAGAUUGUUGAGUGUGUAAACUUUUCUUGUGAUAUGCCUAUAACGAGUGGUCGAGGAUAUAUGGAGAUUGAAGACCACGGACUCAGCAGCAGCUUCUUCCCUUUCUUAGUUGUUGAAGAUGAUGAUGUUUGUUCUGAAAUCCGUAUACUUGAAACCACAUUAGAGUUCACUGGAACUGAUUCUGCUAAGCAAGCUAUGGAUUUCAUUCAUGAAAUCGGUUGGCUUCUUCACAGAAGUAAGCUUGGGGAAUCAGACCCAAAUCCAGACGUUUUCUCAUUAAUACGCUUCCAGUGGCUAAUCGAGUUCUCAAUGGAUCGAGAGUGGUGCGCUGUGAUCAGAAAGCUAUUAAACAUGUUCUUUGAUGGAGCUGUUGGUGAAUUUUCUUCCUCCUCUAAUGCCACACUAUCAGAACUGUGCCUUCUUCACAGAGCCGUGAGGAAAAACUCUAAGCCUAUGGUCGAAAUGCUCUUGAGAUAUGUUCCCAAGAAACAAAGAAACAGCUUGUUUAGACCCGAUGCUGCUGGUCCAGCCGGCUUAACACCUCUUCAUAUUGCAGCCGGUAAAGACGGUUCAGAAGAUGUGUUGGAUGCGCUAACAGAAGAUCCUGCAAUGGUGGGGAUUGAAGCGUGGAAGACAUCUCGAGACAGCACAGGCUUCACACCAGAAGACUACGCACGCUUACGCGGUCACUUCUCAUACAUCCACUUGAUUCAACGCAAGAUCAAUAAAAAGUCAACAACUGAAGAUCAUGUUGUGGUCAACAUCCCAGUUUCUUUCUCAGACAGAGAGCAGAAAGAACCAAAAUCAGGUCCGAUGGCUUCAGCCUUGGAGAUUAACCAGCUUCCAUGCAAGCUCUGUGACCAUAAACUGGUGUAUGGGACAACACGCAGGUCUGUAGCGUACAGACCAGCUAUGUUGUCAAUGGUGGCGAUUGCUGCGGUUUGCGUCUGUGUGGCACUUCUGUUUAAGAGUUGCCCGGAAGUGCUCUAUGUGUUUCAACCGUUCAGGUGGGAGUUAUUGGACUAUGGAACAAGCUGAGUGUAAGUCUACUUUGAAAGAUCUUCUAAGAUAUAUAUGAAUGUUACUUAUAUAAAACCCAUAGAGGUGUGAUUUCUAUAUGUAACUAUAUGAGUAUAAGAUAUAGAGACAUGUUGGAGUUAGAAGAUUGUUGUUGUUGUUGUUGUGUAAAAGCCUUCCAUUUCUCUCUGGAACCUGAGGAUGAUUAGUAUAUUUUUUGUUUGACAGAAUAAUUUGUUUCUUAUUGUAAUUUAACAAUGGAGAUGUUCUUGUACUAGCCUUCUUUUUAAGUUCCCCUUGGAUUCAUACUUUUGAAGCUUUUUUGUACAUCAGAUUCAUCACUUGACAAAUAGAUACAUUAAUUUAUG